CCACAUUAACAGCUUAGCACAGCAGCAGCAGCAGCAGCUCCUACAGCAUCCAGCAUCCAUCCAUCCCCGCCUGCCCGCCUGCCUGCCUGCCCUGCCUGGGGAGCAGCAGUCCUACCCGGCAGCACCGACGCACGGAGGGGGCGCAUCAUCUAAGUGAUGCCACAUUAUCAGUAGCAUUUCGACAACAAGAACCGCGAGUGCAUCCUAAAAGCAGGGAGAGAGGAAAAUCGCUUCAGCCACGAAGACGUCAACUGCCCAUGAAGAUGUCUAACGCUGACAUCGUCUUAAACGCCGCCGACAGGAUGGUGAAAUCUGUCCCCUUCCCCCUGAGCCACCGCCUUACCAUGAAGGAAGUGUUCGACUGUGAAGGGAAACCUCGAGUGGAUCUCCUGAAGGCUCACCUCACCAAGGAGGGCCGUGUGGAGGAAGCCGUGGCACUUCGAAUCAUUAACGAGGGAGCAUCGAUCCUGCGUCAGGAGAAAACUAUACUGGACAUCGAGGCACCAGUCACAGUGUGUGGUGACAUCCACGGGCAAUUCUUUGAUCUUAUGAAGCUGUUUGAAGUGGGAGGAUCACCAGCCACAACGCGCUACCUGUUCCUCGGGGACUACGUCGACCGCGGAUACUUCAGUAUUGAGUGUGUUUUAUACCUCUGGUCACUGAAAAUCCUCUAUCCAAAGACACUAUUUUUACUUCGUGGAAACCAUGAAUGUAGACAUUUGACAGAAUAUUUCACCUUCAAACAAGAAUGUAAAAUCAAGUACUCAGAGCAGGUGUACGACUCGUGUAUGGAUUCAUUUGACUGCCUUCCCCUGGCUGCCCUCAUGAACCAACAGUUUCUGUGUGUUCACGGUGGACUCUCACCUGAAAUACACACCUUAGACGACAUUAAAAAGUUGGAUCGGUUCAAGGAGCCGCCGGCGUUCGGGCCCAUGUGUGACCUGCUGUGGUCUGAUCCUCUGGAGGAUUUUGGCAAUGAGAAAACCCAGGAAUAUUUCAGCCACAACACAGUGCGAGGCUGCUCCUACUUCUACAGUUAUCCAGCUGUAUGCGAGUUCCUACAGAGCAAUAACCUAUUAUCAAUCAUCCGAGCGCACGAAGCACAAGAUGCCGGCUACCGGAUGUACCGCAAAAGCCAGACUACUGGAUUCCCAUCUCUCAUAACCAUCUUCUCAGCGCCAAACUACCUGGAUGUUUACAACAACAAAGCUGCUGUGCUGAAAUAUGAAAAUAACGUCAUGAACAUCCGACAGUUCAACUGUUCACCCCAUCCCUACUGGCUGCCAAACUUCAUGGACGUCUUCACCUGGUCUCUGCCGUUCGUUGGAGAGAAAGUCACAGAAAUGCUGGUGAACAUCCUGAGCAUCUGCUCUGAUGAUGAGCUCAUGAAUGAUGAAGACGAGAUCUUUGAUGCCAAUGCAGCUGCAGCACGCAAGGAGGUGAUCAAAAACAAGAUCCGUGCCAUCGGGAAAAUGGCCAAAAUGUUCUCAGUUCUCAGAGAGGAGAGUGAAAAUGUGUUGACGCUUAAGGGCCUGACGCCCACUGGCAUGCUGCCGAGCGGGGUUCUCUCUGGAGGCAGACAGACACUGCAGAGUGCCACCAUUGAAGCCAUUGAAGCCAUCGAGCCAACGCAGGAUGAGGACGGAGAAGCUAUCCGUGGCUUCUCCCCACAGCACAAGAUCAACAGCUUUGCGGAGGCUAAGGGCCUGGACCGCAUCAACGAGCGCAUGCCGCCUCGCAAGGACGGGGUGAACCACGUCGGCCACUCCAUGGGGAAGAUGAAUAUGUCGGAGGCGAAUGGCACCGAUGACAACAGCAACCUCCAGUGAUGUGCUGACUGAGCCUCACAACCGUGCCGCUGUCGAGCUGUGCAGCAAGACAUUGCCAAAUCGGGAAUUCAGGCCUCAGAAAUAAAUCAGGCCCACAGACAGAACAUGAAAUCUGCAGCAAAUCUACUCUAAACGGGCAAAAAGGUCAUUUUUUUCAUGACAGUUUGUCAUCCCACAGAUUGGGGGAGGGGGGAGCAGAGGGCUGAGAUAAGGAGAGUCCAGCAGGCUGCAACUUGACUGAAAAAAAGUGUGGUUUGAAAGUCGUUUCUGCCCGUUGUUCUGUUUCUCGACUGAACCACGGACCGGAUUGUUGGAGGCUGUGUUGUUCUGAGUGCUGACAAAUGUCUGCUCCUUCAUUGCAGGGCCUGACUGAUGAUGACAUAAUUGCAGUAUCCAUGCCACACGAAUCAUUUUACGGUUUCCUAAGUGUUUAUUAUGAAUCACUCACAAGUUCACUUCAUGAGGACACUAAUCUUGUUUACCUUCAUGUUUUGCUAGUAUUAACAAGUCACGGCACUUUGUGAGCAAGAAGGGAAAGGGAGCGAAUUGUGUACCUCUUAAAAAACUGGCAGUGCAAUCUUACCAGUGGACUUGAAUUUAUUGAUUUACCUUGUAGUAAGAUGCUGCCGUGCUGAAAGUGGAAAGAGGACAGGGUGCUCUUGUGUAUUAAUAGCUCUAGCUGGGUCUGCCCCAGUACUCUCCAGGAUUGCUCCUUUCCUCACCUCCCUUGUUAUCAGUCAUCUCCUAGCAAGAAUUCACUUGGAGGGGACGAGGAAAGAAAGGAAGGGGAAGAAAGGAGCAUUUGGAAAAUGUACACACUUUGUUUAACACCAAAAUAUACGUCUAAAAAUGUCCCCAAAUAAAAAGAACUAUCCCAUAAAGCUUCCAUCAGCGUGUGCAGGUAAAUGUAAAAAGGUUAUUCCUUCAUUCAAAUCAUCCUUAAAGUUAGACUGUAAUCCCUCGACUUGUCCGGGUAGUGCACUUCAUAGAAGCAUGACAUUUGUUAAGAUAAUACCUCACACAUGAGGUCAAAAGUCACUGUCUAGAAAGUGUACACAUGAGCAUCCUCGGCGUACGAUUGGAUCGUGGUUUUCUCAUCUUUUUCAGCAUCGCUACGACCGGCAGCAUUAACUCAACUUUCUGUAUCACAGGGAAAACAAGAAGAAGAGGCCAUUUUGAACUUUGGGAUGGACUCUGCUGUCACACACUACCUGAUUAUUUCUCACCUGCUUGUUGCUGAAGAGAAAGUAAACGAAUACAUUGACGCCCUUUGAGUUUUUUGCACUUUUUUUUGUGUGCUGCCAUUUCAAUGAGAUUUCCUGCCUAAGAGCUAAACAAAGUAAUAUAUCAGAGUGAGAAGGAAAUUCUACAAAUCUGUGAAUUUAUAUUAUUGAACUAGCUGUUGUUUAAAGAGCAUUUAACAACCACACACUAAGGUGUCAUUGUGUCAAAAGCACCCUGAGAUCUAUCCUGAUUUUCUGAUGAGAUGUAGAAAUGUAUCCAGACCUGAAAGGACUAGAUUAAAGCUAACUCUAUGAAGAAAUGAGAGUUAUCUUUUAGCAAAUUUAACAAGGAUGAAUUCAAAGUCUUCAAAAGUACUAUCAGAAAAUAUUUACAUAACAAUCAUUAGAUUUAAAAAAUCCAUCCAUAUUGCAUCUAAGUGUGUUGAUCAUUUAUAAUUUCUUGUUUCCAAUCAAAUUUUCUUACAUAUUUAAAUUUUUGUGAUUAAGAUACAUGCUGAGGAAAACGUCACUGAAAAGUGCAACCACACUGUGAUCCAGAUAAAACAUCAAUUGCCAUAAACUAAUUGUUCCAAAAAAAAAAGUUCAUUUGUCUCCUAGAAUCCUGAAAUGCAUCAAAGGUGGAAAGAAACAAAAGGAAAAAGAAACCAAACUAAACAGACAUAUUUCUGGUUUUUCAAAAUAAAUCCUUUGGGAAGGUCGAUACCGCCAACCUCAAGCGACACAUUCUGUCACAUCAAUUUCUAGAAUUUCCUUGAGCACAUUAAUAUUUUUUCUACUUGAUAUUUCAUCUUCCUAUUUAAUGAUAAAGGUACGUGAACUACGGAUGGAAAAGGUGAUUUUUAACACAGCAUCUAUGGUAUGGAACGCAUCAAUGCAUGCAAUUAAGUUCCUAAUUGUUAUGUGAGAUUAUAAUUGUGAUAGUUGUGUUUCAAAUAGUAAACUUGAAUUCUUUUAUUUUUUCAAUUAUAUUUAAAGUUCUAUUUGUCUUGUUUUAUAAAUUUUAUAAAUAGGCUUCCUUUGAUUGUUUUUGUCCAUUUUUUUCAAUCUGUUAUUUAUUACCACUGCUUUUAAUUUUAUAUGGAUUUAUUGUAUGCAGAGAUGCCCUUUUAAGGUGUGAAGCCUUGUGUUUCUUUUCAGUUUAUUUUUCUUGUACUGAUGUACAGAAAAUGUUCAAUAGUGUGAAUGAAUAUAAUCUCAGUGAAAAGCAACUUUCAGGCUGCCAAAGCAUGAUAGCAUGGUUUUCAGAUGUAAAUGAAUCGGACACACAGAAAAUCAUGUGUCGCACUUACGUUUAACAGGAAACAUUGUACUCUGGUUAUAUUUACUGCUGAUAUUAUUAUUGUUACAAUUAAGCUUAUGGUUAUUUUCCUUCCUCUGUUUCUGGUUCUUGUAUGGUCUACAUGCAUAUUUCAACAAACAAAUAUAAUGGAUUUUAUCUUGCAACAUUUUUUAUUAUCUAUGGAAAUAUGUUUUCGCAUUUGACUUCCUAAAAACGAUACACACAUUGUAAGCAUGCCCUAUGGGACAAAUCACAUUUUUUUACUCUUGAAUAAAAUAUGCAUGAACAAAAA